GCACGGCAGUCGCUCGCCUGCCGCCGCGGGGGAAUCGCGGGCGCCGCGCCAUGUGCUCGUGUGUCACUCGGACUGUUUACUACGCUCACAGGCAUUGUUAUCGUCCCGUGCCCGCAUUCUAAUUGCGCCCCGAACUUUAAUAUGAUCGCACGCGACCCGGCGACCUCACUUUCAUUCAUCGAAACAAGUUGACGAGUGAAAAUGAAAUGGACACAGUGCAACUUAAAAUGAUAAUUGCCGUGAUACUCUUUUGUUUAGUGUUGGGCGCGGCGCUUACGGAAGCGCCUGAUGCCCCAGAUGCCUGUUUCCGUGUGCCCGGUGAGAACAGUGUGGAGUGCAACGUACGGACGCUGUCGUCGGACCGGGAUGUGGUCGGUUCGAUGCACUCGGACGGCGCGGAGAGGCUCGCGGUCCGGUGCGCCGAGCACCACCAGGAGAGCACGAUCAAGGAUCAUUACUUCGGGAAAAUGCAAGGCUUGACGGAGGUCACGUUGACCGACUGCAAAAUUCUUCGACUGCCCGGUAACGUGUUCGAGGGACUGCGAGGUCUCAAGACGCUGAGGUUACGCACCAUGAACUAUCAGUGGGGCCACAACAAGGAAUUAGAACUUUCCUUGGGAGCCUUCAACGGUUUACGAGAACUUCACAUCCUAGAUUUGGCGUACAACAAUAUUAGAAAAAUACCUUCGGACCUUUUUUGUGCCCUGGAGAAUAUAAUCUCCCUAAACUUAACGCGUAACAAAAUCAAAUUUGUCGAUGAACUAGGCUUCGGUCAUAAAUGUGGAUCCACGCUGCAGACUAUCGAUUUGAGUUACAACGACAUCAUGUCCUUGCCAGCUGACUCUGAAAUAUUACACUUGCGGAGACUAACGCAACUAUUUCUGCAGAACAACAAAAUAACGGAGCUGCCGGGCGAAGUUUUCAGUGACUUACUGUCGUUAAAAGUUGUUAACCUAUCGGAGAAUGCUAUAAAUUACUUGCCAGAAAGUUUAUUUCAGAACACUAGAGAAAUCCGUGAAAUAUACUUGAGCUACAAUGAGUUGGAAAUGCUGCCUAAGAAAUUAUUUAAUAGACUGGAACAAUUAGUGGUGUUAGAUCUUUCGGCGAAUAAAUUGAAAGGCAGCCACAUAGAAGAUGAAACGUUCGGAGGUUUAAUAAGAUUAAUUGUGCUCGACCUGUCACACAACGCUCUCACCGGGGUCGGCCGAAACAUGUUUAAGGAUUUAUUUAUUUUACAAAUUCUUAAUCUAAGCAAUAACUCUAUCGCGCUUAUCGAAGAUAAUGCGUUUUUACCUUUGUACAACUUACAUACUCUACACUUAGGACUGAACAAACUUCGUGUUAUCGAAGAUCACGUAUUUAACGGACUUUUUAUUUUAAACAAGUUAAACUUGAACAACAACAUUUUAUCGUACAUCGCAGAAGACGCUUUCAGAAAUUGUUCCGAUUUAAAAGAGUUAGAUUUAAGUUCUAAUAAAUUGACGAAAGUUCCCGAGGCUAUUUUGCAAUUACCGUUCUUGAAGUCUUUAGAUUUGGGAGAGAAUUUAUUAACAGAAAUUUCAAACAAUUCGUUCCAAAACUUAUCACAGCUAACUGGGUUGCGUUUAAUUGACAAUCAAAUUGGAAACCUUACAGCGGGAAUGUUUUGGGGCUUACCUAGCCUACAAGUACUCAAUUUGGCAAAAAAUAAAAUACAGUCGAUCGAGACCGAAACCUUUCAAAAGAACGCGCAAUUGGAAGCCGUUCGAUUGGAUGGCAACUUCAUUUCUGAUAUAAACGGAGUAUUCGUGUCAUUGACAAAGUUGUUAUGGCUGAAUCUAUCCGAAAACCACCUUGUAUGGUUUGAUUACGCCUUCAUACCAUCGGGCUUGAAAUGGCUCGAUAUUCACGCAAAUUUUAUAGAAGUGUUGGGCAAUUACUAUAAGAUUCAAAAAGAUUUACAUGUCAAGACUUUAGACGCGAGUCAUAAUCGUAUCGUUACAUUAUCUGCGUUAUCAAUACCUAACAGUGUAGAGCUUUUGUUCAUAAAUAAUAACUUUAUAACUAGUAUCGAGGAAGAUACAUUUUUCGAAAAGAGCAAUUUGACCCGAGUCGAUAUGUAUGCCAAUGAAAUCGAAAGUUUGGAUAUAAAUAGCUUGCGUAUAUCGAGUGUUGAUGACAGAGCUUUGCCAGAAUUUUAUAUCAGUGGCAAUCCCUUUCGGUGCGAUUGUACGAUGAAAUGGCUCUUGCUGAUCAAUUCUAUUACUUCCCGACAAUAUCCGCGCGUGAUGGAUUUAGAAAACGUUAUAUGCAAAGAGUCCUAUGUACGAGGUGCUAAAUUUCUCCCAGUAAGUUCUCUCCACACAAAAGAUUUCCUCUGUAAAUAUGAUAUUCACUGCCCAGAAGACUGCCAUUGUUGCGACUUCACUUUUUGUAAUUGCAAAACUGUCUGUCCUCAUAACUGUUCAUGUUACCACGACUCGACAAAGACCACAAAUGUUGUCGAUUGUUCUGUAAAACAAUUGAAUUUGGUGCCUCGGGACUUUCCUAUUGGCGCAACUCACAUUUAUCUAGAUGGUAAUUUUUAUAACGAACUCAACGAAACUGUUUUCGAUUCAAUGCGUAAAUCCUUGGUUUUAUAUUUGAACUCCAGCAACAUUAGAAAUAUUCAAAAUGAUACUUUUAGAGGUCUUGGCGAAUUACGAAUAUUGCAUUUGGAUAAUAACAAAAUAAAACGUUUGCAUGGACUCGAGUUUUCCAAGCUGAGCAAUCUAAAAGAGUUGUAUCUUCAAAACAACGUUAUUGAAUACAUUUCGAACGCCAGUUUUUCCUCUCUGGGCGUUCUCGAGAUUUUACGGUUGGACGGAAACAGGCUCGUAAAUUAUGGCCUCUGGCAUUUAGACAAUAACAAAAAAUUACAAACUCUGUUUUUAAGUAAUAACUACUGGUCUUGUAACUGUAAAUAUUUACAAGGAUUCCUAAUGUACAUAUCACAGAAUGUCGAAAAAGUAAUAGAUAUACAGAAUUUGUGGUGCUUAAAUGAGAACGUGAGCCCGGCGAAGAAGCCAUUGAAUUUAAAUGUGACAGUCUGUAGCGAAAUAAGCGAUACCUCAGUGAUAAGCGCGUUCUUCGUCUCCAACAACAUCCCGCUACUUGCCUCCGCACUCACUGGGUUCAUGCUUAUUUUAUUAAUAUUAGCUUUAGUGUUCACAUUUAGAUACGCCUGCAGAAUGUGGUUAUACUCAAAUUGUGGCAUUAAGCUCUCUCCCUUAGCGGGCGCCUUUAACGACGCUGAUAAGCUUUACGACGCUUACAUUUGCUACAGCCCCAAAGAUGAGGAAUUCGUUAUAGAGUCUUUAGCGAGGGAGCUGGAAAACGGCUACCCAUCCUACCACCUUUGCCUCCACUAUAGGGACGUGCCACAGUUCGAAGCGACCUAUGCACAGUUUCCCGACUUAGUAGUCGAGGCGACCGAGGCAUCGAGACGUAUCAUAGUAGUGCUAUCUAAGAACUUUAUUUUAACGGAAUGGUCGCACAUAGAGUUUCGACAAGCCCUCCAGCGGGCCCUUCGUAAAAACCCUCAUAAAUUAAUAAUAGUCGCCGUAGGGCUCGUACCACGCGACCCAGAAUUAAAAUCAUAUUUCAAAACCGGUUUGGAGAUAACGUGGAAAGAGAAACGUUUCUGGGAAAGAUUACGAUACGCGAUGCCGUCUUCUAAGCGACGCGGCCACAAGUUGAAGAGGCUUAAUUAUGGAAGGAAUUCCAACACCUACACAAUGGAUGCGUCUGUGCUAAACAGUACGUGCCAGACGCUGUGUGGCAAAUCCGCUAACUCAGCGGAGCGUUCGCCUUGCGAUAGGCCGUUGUCUGAGCACAUCUACUCGACUAUAGACUCGGAUUAUUCAUCGAACGAUUUCCACGGCCGCCACAAUCAGCCCCACUCCGUUGUCUUACAGCACACAGUGCAAACGUACCUGGUGUAAAGAAACGUAGUAAUUAUUCAGAUCGAUCUCAUUUGUAACGGUAGGCAUUGCUGAUAUUUCGCUUUGUUGUGAACGUAAGAUAUCGUCCGACGUUGUAUAUAGACCUACUAGUGUUUGUAUAGUGUAACUUUUGUACAAUAACGAUACCAAAUUACGCAUUUCAGUGCGAUGUGCUUCUAACGUAUUUAUUGCCUUUGUGUUUGAAAGAAAAUUUUAUAAGUAUUAAUUCGAAAGACUGUAAAUUAUUAUUGUGUAGUUUUAAUCUAAUUACGGCUGAUGUUUGUAUAGUCCUGUAAUUAAAGAAGUUUAUGACUGAGAA